AAAAAAAAAAGAAUAAAUUUGCAAAAAGAUGAAGUGAUAACCACACACAAAGUUCCAAUCGGAUCAGGUGAGUCAAAUCGGAUCGGAUCAACCUGAACUGAACAGCUCAACACAUAUAUAAAUAACAAUUCAAAACCCCCAAACAAUCCUUCCCCCAAUUUUUUCUGGUAAAACGUAUAUACCCUAAGUAUCAGGUUACUGAAUCAGAAAACCCCCAAAAUUUGAGAAUUGACAGAAUCAAAUUUGACUCGGCAAACACCUGGGGAACAAACAAUUAUCCAAAAUAGGAGGGUGCUUCUCGACCGGCCACCGGCCGGCGUCACGGCCGGCGACACGGUCGGCGCCGGCGGCUCUACGUGCUCCGUCGGUGCAACGGCAGGCCUCGUCGCAGGCCGCCAUGCUCCGGAGGCUCUCGCUGCCCGAGAUUAACGAUGGAGGUGGUGUUGAUAACGCCAAAAUGAAGGGUUUGUUCAAAUCCAAGCCCAAAACUCCCGUUGAUUUGGUGCGGCAGACGCGGGAGCUACUCAUUUUCCUCGAUCUCGGUGGACCCGACACUAAGGAGAGCAAACGCGAUGAAAAGAUGACGGAGUUGAGCAAACUGAUCAGAGACAUGAAACAAGUUCUUUAUGGGGACAGUGAAUCUGAGCCCGUCGCGGAAGCAUGUUCACAGUUGACAAAUGAGUUUUUCAGAGAGAACACUCUGCGUCUGCUAAUUAUAUACCUUCCCAAGUUGAACUUAGAGACCCGCAAAGAUGCUACGCAGAUUAUUGCAAAUUUGCAGAGGCAACAGGUCCAAUCAAAGCUGAUUGCUUGUGAUUACUUGGAACAGAACAUAGAUCUCAUGGAUAUCUUGAUAACAGGUUACGAGAAUAGUGAUCUGGCAUUACACUACGGUGCAAUGUUGAGGGAUUGCAUACGCCACCAAACUGUUGCAAAGUACGUUUUGGAAUCAGAACACAUGAAGAAGUUUUUUGAUUACAUACAACUUCCAAAUUUUGACAUUGCUUCUGAUGCUGCUGCCACUUUCAAGGAACUAUUGACUAGGCACAAGUCAACGGUAGCUCAGUUUCUUUCCGAUAAUUAUGAAUGGUUCUUUGAAGAGUAUAACUCAAAAUUGCUUGAAUCUACAAACUACAUCACCAGAAGGCAGGCUAUCAAGCUGUUGGGUGAUAUGUUGCUGGAUCGCUCAAAUUCAGCUGUAAUGAGUCGAUAUAUUAGCUCUCGGGACAACUUGAGGAUCCUCAUGAAUCUUCUUAGAGAGUCGAGCAAGAGCAUUCAACUUGAAGCAUUUCAUGUGUUUAAGUUAUUUGCAGCUAAUCAGAAUAAACCCUCUGAUAUUGUUGGUAUACUUCUCGCGAAUAGAAGCAAGCUGCUCCGCCUCUUUGCUGAUUUUAAGACAGAGAAAGAGGAUGAAGCGUUCGAGGCUGAUAAAGCCCAAGUCGUUAAAGAAAUUGCUGCACUUUAGCCCAAAGAACGAAAAAAAAACGGCCUUUUAAUUCAGUUCUGAUUUAGUUUUAUCAGCUGUUUAUACGAGUCUGUCCAUAUAUAAAGAAAUAUUUUGAUGAUCGAUACUUCUUAGGCCCGAUAUUUGUGAACUCUAGUGACGGAAAGAAAGCCUUGGAAAGUUGUCAUCUCCGUUUCAUCUUUAGAAUAACCGUUAUUCUUGCAGAUGCUGUUUGUUAAACAUCUGGUACACAUUAUUUCAGAACAAGAAAAAGGUGAAUAAUUAUGGAAUUUGGCCAUUUAUUCA